GAAUCAUGCCAUCCCAAAGUUGUUAAGAAUAGAUAUGGUGCCUGGUACCUUGACCCUAAAACAUGGAAAAAGCAAAAUGUGGGUAAAUCUUUAAUGGAUCUGAAAGAAACAGGCAAUGGUGUUCACAAUUUUAUACCACCCAUUCAGAAGGAGGCAGAGGUCUCCCUGUUCUACAGGAUGUGGGCAUUUCAAGAAUUCCUAGAGAGGAAGGGCUCCCAAAAACCAGGGCUGGAUCAGUUACCAAAUCUGACCCACUUCAAUGGCCACAUGAAAGCAAAGGCCUGCACAAAACAGGCAGUGAGGACAGGGGAGCCAAGGGGUCAGAUAACUCUCUUCUGUAACAGUGUGGACUUACGCUGGACUAAAGUGCAAUCCUACCAGGAG